AUGCAAAUUCUAUCCGCCUUCUUGGCAUUGGGACUUCUGGUUCCUUCAAUCCUAGCAGAUACUUGUUUCGGGAACAACACUCAAUGUGGUGCUGGUGGUUCAGGGAAGGAGAUUACGGUCGUCGACAUGCAAAACUGGUGUUUCUUCUUGCCCCCAAGAUCUGGUGUCCUUGAAACCGUGAAUGCUGCCGAAGGAUGUUGUGAUUCAGCAUAUUGCCAACGAAAGCCAUGUUCUGUAUCUACCGAUGCCGUAGCCUUCUGCUCAAAGGCCGGUUUGACCAAUGGUGCUCAACCUUUUGUCAGCGGAAUGUGGACUAGUGCUCAUCUCGUUCGUGACACUGCAAACGGUCGUAUUCAAAUAACAGGCACAUACGAUGUAAAUUUGUUGGCAUCAUUGAACUGGAUUGGAGCAAAUGACGAGGGUGGACAAUUCGACUUGACUGGAACCAACCAAUAUAAAGUAAACUCACCACCAGGUGGUAAACCAGUUGGAAAGAACGCUCAAGGUGGCAACUAUGUUGAAUACGUAUCUCUGAUUGGAGCAGGAGUCUUUUGUAUCGAAUUGUGCUCUUCUUCAUAUGGAUGUAACUCAGACAACGACUACACUGGGUGUCUUGUAGCAAUUCCUGGAGAUUACAACUCUCCGGGAUUUACAGAAGCCGCUGGUACCAUCUACCGCCAAAACUCUCCCCCACCAAACUCUACUGGCCUCCCACUUACUCUAGUGCCAGCACCAUUGAUAACUUCGGGCCCUACUGCCGUUGCCAGUCCUGGUGGAACUGUCGUCAUGCCCAUCGCAUCACCAGUCGCGUCAGUCAUCCCAAGUACAGCAGCAGCCACUACAGCAGCAGCAACUGCUAGCCCUGCAGCCAAUGCUACGGCUGGAGCCAGCAAGAGUGGUGCUGUCUCAGAUCUGUUCGCAACGACUUUUACGCUGUUGAGCAGUGUUUUGGUUGCCUUGACGCUUGCAUUGAUCGCCUAG